AUGUGGAAUGUAGCCACUGGACGUCUACUCCUCGGAGCCCAGCAACCCAGUCUCGUAUUCAUGAGCUUGUCAUUCAAGCAGGCGAUCUUCAAUUUACGACACGAAGGAAUUUCAUGCCUUUGACAAGAGCUUUUCGUCGGUUCUUGGGUAGCGGUAACGAUCCCAUGCGCCGUGGGGAGAGCCCAGAUAGCCUGUGGUUCAGGGACUUUCAUAGUAUUGAAGGAAACUCGGAAGAUGUGACAGGAGAAGUACAUGGACCAUUGACAGGCAGCCCGGUCAGUCUAUCCAUUGCUUCAGAAGGGAGGUUGGAAGACGCCAGCGAAACGACUGGCAUUAUCGACAAGGGCAAGGCGCGGGCUCAAAGAUCAACUCCACCGGUUUCUCAGUCCAGCGAUAGCCUCGGGAGUUUUAUGAACUCAUGUUUUCACUGUCAGAUUCCAGCCACAAUCACCAAAAGGGACGAUGGACAAACGCCACCGGCUUUACAUACUAGAGUAGAAGAUGGCAAUAAUUUAGGGCAGCCGAGGGUGGCUGAAAAGACGUUUCAACGGGAUACACGGGAUCAAGAAUCACGGCUCAAAGCCAUCACCCGGGCUUUCGUUCAAUUAUUGAGGAAUGUGAAAGGACAAGGCGACGAGAUCAACGACCGUUCUACGCCCCACAUGAGUCACUCUUCGCGUGCCUUUGCCUUCGUCUAUCCAGGAUAUGCCAGACCCCGCAUUGUGGCUGCACGAGAGGACACCGGAAGACGACGGGACAGAGACAAUGCUCCGGUACACGGAGACACGACCGACACGGAUACGGAUUCAACGGGUUCAAACGAAAUCGAGCAAAACGUUGUAGCCCAGGGAGAAGAUUCCACCCUUGGCGCACGACCUGAUGGACCUCGUCUUGGGUACAAUAUGAAUGUAGACGAGGCACCGUUGGAGGAAGAUCCCUCUCCAUCUCUAUUCUGCUUCUGUUGUAUCUGUCCCCCACCUCCUACUCGCCGACAAACGGAGGCAUCCGAGCGGGUGACAGUGGCGCCUUCGCCAAGAACGAUGGAAUCACGUUCUGUUUGUCGUCAAGAAAAAUCACCAUUGAUUUCUGGGCAGACGAUUGCAACUCAUCCACAGGCGCCGGGAUCAACUCUCAUCCCCAGACAUACGUAUCCGCCAGCUGCCCACACUACGGAGACCAGAAAUCCCUCGACUGACACUCAAAUACCACAGCUACGUUCUAUUGGCGUGCAAACGGCCGAAGAACUUCCGUCCCGCGACAAACAGAUGGAGUCAAAUUCCGCGUGA